AUGUCCACCGAUCGUCGCAUCAAAGGAUUGAAGCUACGACAAAGGAGCCUGCUGUCGUCAUUCAACGCGAUCAAGCAGUUUGUCGAUAACUACGACGACGACGACGACUGCUGUGCGAACGAAGUACCUGUGCGCCUGGAGAGCAUCAUCAAGCUCUGGGCGGACCUCAAUUCGGUUCAGGCGGAACUGGAGUCGCUCGACGAGGCGAAUUUGGACGAACAGCUAAAGCAACGCACGGAGUAUGAGUCGGCAUACUAUCGUUCCAAAGGAUUUUUGCUCGCCAAGAAUAAAAAUAAUUCACUUUGCGUAUCGAGUUCUCCCUCAACCAAUCGUAGCCCUCCGUCGUCAUCGCAGGUGCGUUUGCCCGACGUAAAACUUCCCGUCUUUAGUGGGAAUCUAGACGGCUGGUUGAACUUUCAUGAUUUGUUUGUUUCGCUGGUCCACUCGUCGGUAGAACUUUCCAAUAUUCAAAAGUUCUAUUAUUUGCGUUCGUCACUGUCGGGCGAUGCAUUGAAGCUGAUACAAACCAUUCCACUCAGCGCAAACAAUUAUGUGGUUGCAUGGAAUCUACUUGUCGAGCAUUUUCAAAACCCUGCGCGACUGAAACAGUCAUACGUUGAUGCGUUAUUUGAGUUCCCUUCGCUCAAAAGAGAGUCUGCUUCAGAAUUACAUUCGCUGGUGGAGAAAUUUGAGGCUAACGUAAAGGUGCUACAACAGUUAGGGGAGAAAGUCCAGUUCUGGGACAUUUUGCUAGUUCGGAUGCUGAGUAUUCGCCUUGACCCGACGACGAGAAGGAGCUGGGAGGAAUUUACAACGACGAAGGAUGCCAUCUCGUUCAAGGACCUGACCGCAUUCAUCCAACGUAAGGUCACCGUGCUGCAGAACAUUCAGAGUACUACGGUAGAUGUCCCCAUUGCCGGCCAAGUAAAGAAGCCUUCUCAACGACCAGUCGCAAGUAACAAUGCAGCACAGUUCAACGCAAGGAAGUGCAUCGUCUGCAACAACCAUCAUCCACUCUACCAAUGCGCGACGUUUUCCAAGAUGAGUUCGGAGGAUAAGGAGAAGGAAGUUCGUCGCAAUCAUCUCUGUCGGAACUGCUUGCGGAGGGGUCAUCAAGCUAAGGACUGUUCGUCAACGAGUACCUGCCGCAAGUGUCGGGGCAAGCAUCAUACUCAGCUUUGUUCCAGUCAACAACCAACCAGCUCAGGUCAGAAGACAACCAACUACACAGAUGAAAGGUCUACGCCUGCUGCAUCUACCAGCAAUCCACCCACUGCAUCUGUGUCUGCCACCAUCGAGCCUGCCAGCUUCGCUUCCGUUAGUCAAGGACGGAAGGCAAUUCUACUUGCUACUGCUGUAGUCAUCGUUGUCGACGACAGUGGAAGCGAGCACACAGCACGUGCGUUGCUAGAUUCCGGUAGCGAAUGCUGUUUCGUUACCGAAUCAUUCUCCCAGCGAAUCAACGCGCAACGGAAGAAGGUCCAUCUUCCGAUAGCUGGCAUCGGUCAAGCGUCGACGCAUGCUAGGCACAAAUUGUCAACCACAAUUCGCUCUGGCACAGGAAGGUAUUCGACUAGCUUGGAAUUUCUAGUUCUUCCCAAAAUUACCAUCGAUCUGCCGUCGACUUCUGUUGAUACUUCGGCCUGGGAGAUUCCGCCGAGUAUACAGCUAGCUGAUCCGUCAUUCUGCAGCACCAACCCAAUCGAUCUCAUCUUGGGAGCAGAAAUUUUCUUCGACUUGUUCAAGGUCUCUGGUCGAAUUCCGCUUGGCGAUAACCUUCCGGUACUCGUGAACUCCGUUCUUGGCUGGGUGGUGUCGGGAAGGUCCUCUCAUGGUCAACCGAUUGCUCCAAUCGUCGCAAAUGUCGCCACCGUCAACGACGUGCACCGUCUAAUGGAAAGGUUUUGGUCCAUCGAGGAAGACAACGCCUCUCCGUGCUAUUCCGUCGAAGAAGCCGCCUGCGAGGAACACUUCCGUCGCACGGUAACCCGCAACACCGAAGGUCGAUACAUAGUUCGACUGCCACUGAAGCAGGAUGUGUUGUCUAGUCUCGUCGACAACCGUCGUACCGCUCUACGUCGUUUUCACCAGCUAGAAGGUCGUCUAGUUCGCAAUCCCAACCUGCAUCAACAGUAUCGAGUCUUUGUCGAGGAAUAUCACGCGCUAGGACACAUGCAGCGCGUAACGGACUACGAAAAUCCUCCGACUCCAUGCUACCAUCUUCCGCAUCACGGUGUAGUGCGCGAAGAUAGCACGACGACCAAACUGAGGGUAGUUUUUGACGCGUCGUGCAAAACCCCCAACGGACCAUCGCUGAACGACGCGCUUCUGGUUGGACCAACCGUGCAAGAAGACCUGCGAUCAAUUAUAAUGCGAGCCCGAACACACCCAGUCAUGCUGAUCGCCGAUAUCAAGCAGAUGUACCGCCAAGUCCUGGUAGACGAGCAGGACACUCCACUGCAGCGAAUUGUUUGGCGAGUUUCCCCCGACACUUCGAUGGAAACCUUUGAACUAAAGACCGUAACAUACGGCACAGCCAGCGCACCGUACCUUGCAACGAGAGUUCUCCAGAAACUAGCCGACGACGAACGCGACGAGUACCCCGAAGCAGCUAAAGUUCUACGCAAGGAUUUCUACGUCGACGAUCUGUUUUCUGGUGGACGCAACAUAGCAGAAACAACCGCUUUACGCAAGCAGCUCGACGCGCUGUUACUCAAGGGCGGUUUCGAACUCCGCAAAUGGGCAUCCAAUGAAGAAGCAGUACUGGAGGAUGUCCCAGCAGAAAAUCGUGCUGUACAAGGGUCGGUCGACCUGGACCGAGAUCCGUGCAUAAAAACGCUUGGACUGCACUGGGAACCGUCCACCGACCAGCUCCGCUACAAAAUUCAGCUUCCGACAUCGACAACAGACGCACCACUAACGAAACGCAUCGCACUAUCGUACAUCGCUCGUUUGUUUGAUCCGCUUGGACUUGUCGGACCUGUCGUAACAACCGCAAAAAUAUUCAUGCAGACUCUUUGGACCUUGAAGGACGACGACGGCAAGAUUUGGAGCUGGGACAACGAAUUACCAUCAGCCAUCAAGGAACGCUGGCACGAGUACCAAUCGCAACUCCAUCGGUUGAACGAUUUGCGCAUCGACCGUUGUAUUCUUCUUUCUAAUCCCGUAUCAGUCCAGCUGCAUUUCUUCUCCGACGCUUCGGAACACGCAUACGGCUCGUGUGUCUACGUCCGCUCUACAGACGCCUCUGGAGCAGUUAAAAUCUGCCUGCUGACCGCAAAAUCGAAGGUAGCACCCCUGAAAAAGCAAAGCAUUCCGCGACUCGAGCUCUGCGGUGCCCUUCUGUCUGCUGAACUCUACGAGAAGGUGACGUCAUCGCUUCAAAUCGCUCCAGAAACGUUCUUUUGGGUCGACUCGACCAUCGUGCUGAGUUGGCUAAAUUCUUCUCCGUCGACCUGGACAACGUUCGUGGCCAAUCGAGUCUCCAAGAUUCAGACCGCCACGCAAAACUGCUCUUGGAACCACGUAGCAGGCCAGCAAAACCCAGCAGACCACAUUUCCAGAGGAAUACCCGCAGAAACCCUUCUACAAAACGAUCUUUGGUGGCAAGGAUCUCAAUGGCUGCAGAGCGACCAACGCGACUGGCCAAUUCAACAACAGAACGCUAAUCAGCCUCCCGAAGUCCUCAUGGAAGCACGAAAAGUACCAGCAGCAGUAACUUCCGCCGCCGUUGAACCCUCAUUCGUCGACCAGUUCGUUGAAACAUUCUCCAACUUCCAGCAUAUGGUCCGAGUAGCCGCUUACUGUCGACGAUUUCUUCAGAACUGUCGGAAAACUUCUACAGCACGAGCGGAAUCAGCACAUCUCACAGUCGACGAGCAGAAGGACGCAGAAGCGGUGAUCAUCAGACUCAUCCAACAGCAAAGCUUCAGCAACGAGUACAAGGCCCUCCAACAAGCACAAACUGUAUCCGCAAAAUCUCGCAUCCGUUGGUUUCAUCCCUUCAUAGGCUCCGAUCAACUGAUUCGCAUUGGCGGCAGGCUGGGAAAGGCAAAUCAACAGUAUGACAGCAAACAUCAGAUUCUUCUUCCUUCAUCGCAUCAUUUCUCCAUCAUACUCGUUCGCUACUACCACGAGAAGCAUCUGCACGCAGCACCCCAGCUUCUGCUCAACCUUCUUCGAUUACGGUACUGGAUCACCGGGGGCAGAAGUCUGGCCAAACGCACAGUUCACAAGUGUGUGAUUUGCGUUCGAGCUCGCCCCAAGCUGCUCGAGCAAUUCAUGGCUGAACUACCCGCCGCUCGAAUCACCGCAUCUCGACCAUUCUCAUCGACCGGCGUCGACUAUUGGGGACCGAUUUCUUUAAAACCACCCCAUCGAAGAGCUGCACCUAUCAAAGCCUACGUGGCAGUUUUCGUGUGCUUUGCAACGAAAGCUGUGCAUCUUGAACUAGUGGGUGACCUGAGCACUGCCAAAUUUAUUGAAGCGCUUCGCAGAUUCGUCUCCCGACGCGGAUUGUGCGCCGAAAUUUACAGUGACAACGGCCGCAAUUUCGUAGGAGCAGCUAACGAACUUCGUCAACUUGUACGUAGCAAACAUCACCAGAAAACAGUCGCUCGAGAGUGUGCCAAUAACGAAAUCCGUUGGCAUUUCAACCCCCCUAGAGCAUCACAUUUUGGCGGCCUUUGGGAGGCCGCAAUAGCAUCAGCGCAGAAACAUUUCGUCCGAGUGCUUGGGACACACACGCUUGCCUACGACUCGAUGGAAACACUGCUAGCACAAAUCGAGUGCUGCCUCAACUCCCGCCCGCUUGUGCCAAUGUCCGACGAAUCUACCGACUUGGAAGCACUUACACCAGGACAUUUUCUCACUGGAGCUGCGCUGAAGGCUGUCCCGGACAUCGAUAACACCGAGAUUCCCUUCAACCGACUUCGCCAGUGGCAACAGACGCAAAAAAUGUACCAGCAAUUGUGGAAACGAUGGCAUUUGGAAUAUCUGUCAACGCUACAAUCCCGUACGAAAUGGUGCAAUCCUCCUGUGCACAUAAAAAAGGACCAGUUGGCAGUCAUCAAAGACGAAAAUUCCCCGCCGAUGAGCUGGCCGACUGGAAGAAUCAUCGAGCUUUACCCCGGUGACGACGGAACAACGCGUGUCGUCACUCUUCAAACACCCAACGGCCGAUAUACUCGACCGGUAUCCAAAAUUUGUCUGCUGCCAGUCUCAACAGCAGCAGAAAACCAAUCACCACCCACCACAGCAUGA